GAGGAAAAAGAAAUGGAGGACGACAAUAAUAAUAACACCAACACAAACGUGAUCGCACCUUUUGUUGUGAAGACAUAUCAGAUGGUCAACGACCCUUCGACCGAUUGGCUCAUCACUUGGGGGCCUGCACACAACAGCUUCAUCGUCGUUGAUCCUCUCGACUUCUCUCAACGAAUCUUGCCUGCGUAUUUCAAACACAACAAUUUCAGCAGCUUUGUUCGUCAACUCAACACCUAUGGGUUUAGGAAAGUGGAUCCAGACCGGUGGGAGUUUGCGAACGAGCAUUUUCUCAGAGGACAGAAGCACCUGCUCAAGAACAUAGCGCGUAGGAAACACGCGCGUGGGAUGGUAUACGGCCAGGAGAUGGAGGACGGUGAGAUCGUGAGGGAGAUCGAACGGUUGAAAGAUGAGCAGAGAGAUCUUGAGUCAGAGAUUCAGAGGAUGAACCAAAGGAUCGAGGCGACGGAGAAGCGGCCGGAGCAGAUGAUGGCGUUUCUGUACAAGGUCGUUGAGGAUCCCGACCUCCUCCCGAGGAUGAUGCUCGAGAAAGAGCGGACAAAGCUAGUCUCCGACAAGAAGAAGCGUCGUGUCACGGUGAAGUCAGAGGACGAGGAAGAAAACGGAAGGGUCUUUGGGAUUAUUUCACCGACACCGUCUCCGCCGGAGAAUCUUUACCGGACUCAGUCGCCGGAGAAUUCUAUGGGAUGGGUUGUUCCGAUGCAGAAGCCGGGCAACUUUGGUAGUUACAACGAGACUGGUCUGAUUUCCACUUCGUCGACGUCAUCAUCGUUAACGUCGACGCUGUCGCUGCCGGAGAGCGUAAACGGAGGCGGCGGAGGAUGUGGGAGUAUUCAGGGAGAAACAAGAUACAAAGAUGCGGCGACGUUUGGAGGAGUGGUAGAGUCAAAUCCACAAACACCGCCUUAUCCGUUUUCUUUGUUUCGAGGUGGCUUUUAGUCUUUUAGCUUCACAUGAUAUAUGAUCUUUGUUUCUUAUCUAUUAUUUUUUGUUUUUUUGUUUUUUUGUUUUUCUUACCUAAUAAUGUAUAACCACCAGAAAAGGUAGAUCGAUUGUUGUUAGUGACAGGGAGACAGAGUCAGUAGUCAUAUCGUUUUAUAGAAAGUUGACAGUAUAUAUUUUCUGAUUAUAUUGUUAAAAGUUCAUUCA